CACGGUCUAUUAUUAGCAUCACCAGAUCCAGCCUCGUCGCCCUUGAACUGCACGAGCUGUCGCCGCAUGUACCAGUGUAUCUUUGACUACCCCUGUCGCGAACAAGGGAAUUGACGUCGCCCGCCGGAAUCUUCAGCUGUUUGCUCUACCCACAGCGCACAAAAAGAAGGCCGUCGCCCUCGUCGUCGCCAUUUGUCGCGGUCCGUGAGAGCUAGUUAAAGAGUCAAGCAUCCACGUCCGCCUCCACCUCCAAACUGUCCCCAUACGAGGCUGCACCUACACGCGACGCCAUCCUGCAGCACACUACCUGCCCCACGUCCUCGUCAUUAACGCCACAGCAACAUCGUCGGUGCUAAUAACCUGUCGACCACGGCCGCUGGUUGCCGUCGGAGUGUUUUUGUGUUGGCUGUGCGGCAACAUCUGGAUCCAAGCAUAGAUUGGAUAUCACCGGCGUUUUGACUGCGGCCUGACCGUCACAAUGGGUCGGAGAAAGAUUGAUAUCAAGCCCAUCAAAGAUGAUAGGAACCGCUCUGUCACCUUUCUGAAAAGGAAACAUGGUCUGUUCAAGAAAGCCCAUGAACUGUCAGUGCUCUGCUCUGUGGAUAUCGCCGUCAUCAUCUUUGGCAGCAACAAGAAACUCCACCAGUUCUCGUCCGGAAACAUGCGGGAGAUGGUCCAUCGAUGGAGCUGCCACGGCGAGCCGAACGAACACAAGGGUCCCCUCGAUUUCAACGGCGGAGCUGACGAUGACGAGGACGAUGAUGAGAACGGCACCCCGCCCCAAGUUCAGGGAGUCGAGCCGGACAUGCUCCCUCCUCACUUCCAAAACGGCCAUCCGUUCCCCAUCAUUCGGCAUCACACGCCUUCGGCAUCGCCCCCAAUUCCCAACGGUGUCUUCAACCCGCGAGGCCACACCCCGCAGCCCCAGAUGGGCUCCCGUCCGUCAUCGCGAAACGACAUGCGCCGGAUGGGCCCGAGCAUGAUGGGCCAGCCGGUUGGACCUCCCGGCCCUCAACCAGGGCCCGUCAAUGGCUUCACAUACAUGGCGCAACCAGCCAUGUACAACGCCCCAAAUGCUCACAAUAUGCCCUCCAACAUGCCCCACGGACUGCCACAACCCCACCCUCCAUAUUCCUACCAACCACAGCCGCAUCCGCACCAGAUGCAGCCAUACGUGGACGAACAGCGGAGGGCGUCCGGGCCUGCUGCGUUCCCUCUUCAGCCGCCACAAGUGCCACCAGCAGGACGUCAGUCUGUGUCCCCUCCACAGCCGCCCGCCGCCCAGCUUCCUUCCCAGCUACCCGCGCAGCCCAUGGCGCACAUGUCACCGCCACCACAACCACAGGUCCAUCCCAUGCAAAGCCCACCUCAGCCUCAACAGCAUCUCCCGCCCCCCCCACCACCGCCCCAACCGCAAGAGGUUCCUCAGGUCUUCGUCCCACCUCAAGAACCACACCCACCCGCACCUCUAGAGUUCAAGGCGAAGUCCCUUUUGCUGGACACCAACAUCAAGAAGCAACCGCCGCGCAAGGGAGGUAGCAUCUUUACUCCGAUUGACGAGAACCGCUCCAUCCUUUCGCAGCAUCUAGCGGCAUUUCAUCCUGAGCCAAAGUCGGACCCAAGGUCUGAGCCGCCAUCGAGCAGGUCCCAAUCAAUCGAUGGUGGCAGCGUCACAAAGGGCAGCAACCCGAACUCCCCUCCAUCACUCCCUCGCAUCAAUACACAAGUACAGCAGCCGCAGAUCAAGCGGAAUGGGUCGUUGGGAAACAUUCCUGAAACGACCUUCACGCCGCCCUCGCGGUCCAACAGUCUGCACACGGCCCGCAGCAUUUCGCGGCCGCAGUUGAAGGUGCAGAUUCCGGACGAGUCAGACGGCGGCAGCGCCACGAACGAGUCAGCCUCGCCUCGCGGCACCACAGCGACCGCGACCGACAUCACGUCGCAGCCCUCUCGGCGGCCCACGGAAUCGCACGCGUCGGGCGUCGUCCUACCGCCCCCCUCGCCCUCGGCAUCUACCUUGCUCUCGGCAGGCGCCACGGGCCCGCCGAACCCGUUCGCUCGGCCGCCUCCUCACCAGAGCAACAUGAACAUUGACACGCCCGUUUCGGCGCUGCCGUCCCGGUUCCUUGGAGAGGGAUUCUUGCCGAGCCCGGGCGGGUUCUAUGCCGAUUGGGGGCUCAAGAACGACCACAAUGCCUUGAGCCCGCUCAACUUUGGGACGCCCGUCGUUGGAACGGGGCCGUCGUUCCUGCGCGAUGAUUUGGCGCCGCUCAAGAGGAAGAGUCCGGAGAUCAGUGGGAACGGGCCAAACCACGAGGCGCCUGCUGAUAUGCAGGGAACUGAGGCCAAGAAGCUCAAGGUUGAGAGGGCAGUGUGAGUUGUGAGUGGGUGCGAGGUUGAGUGUGUCGUUUUCUCGCCAGUGUGGUUGGCUUGUACUUCUUCUCUUUUCAAUUCUUUCCUUCUUGGUUACAGUACUAUGUCUACUUCCUUCAUGGGAUAGUAGAGGUCCUGCUUAUCUUCUUUUUUCCCAUUCUUUUUUCGUUUUCAAGGCGAGUGUUAUACUUUCAAUCGGCAUUGGGCAGGCGUUCAGCGAGGACUACGGAAAAUGGAUGACGGGACAGGCAUCAUUGAACGAAGUUGGAAAUGGUUUCUGAAUUGUGGGGAAUAAGGAUGCUGGCGUUGUUGGAGCGCAUGAGCAAUUUUGCGCAGGAAGGAGGUACAGGGGGCUUGUAUGUUGGAACGAUUUUUGGAUAGGGGUUAUAGAAUACAGAACUCUUGAUCUCG